ACGACCCAACCUUCAUCCCGAUCGCCUACUUGUACUCUCCCUCGCUAAAAUUCCAAACGAGCUUUGUGAACGCACGCGCGCGAACUCUGUUUCUUCACGCACUUUUGCUAACGAGUUAAUACAGAAGACGUACUGACCAAAAAACACAAGUUUCGGUGCAACGAAAUCUUCCAGUGAAUCUUAACUUCGCUAGAAAAACCAACAACAGUAGCAUCAUGAUGAAGAAUAUUCUAGUCCUCUCGAUAUGCUUACUGGCGGUGAAGACUGUCGUCACGAUGCCGGUGGCAGAGGAGCCAGCAAAGGAGGGACUCAUGGCUGAACCCGCGAAGGCUGCCAAAAGUGCUGAAUCCGCGCCAGUUGAACCUGCCAAGUCUGCAGCCGUAAAGGCCGCCGAACCUCUCGCUUUGAGCGACGAACCCGCAAAGGUUGUUCCUCUGACUGAGAAGCUUGCCGCAGAAACUCACACACAUAGUCUGCGAUCUGCCGAUGCUGAUAAAUCAGCUGAGAGCAAGGAAAGUGACGAGAGUCUCGAAAGUGCAGAAAGUUCAGAGAGCAAAGAGGAGAAGAAGCUAGCAGAAGAGCCCAUGAAAGAGGAGAAACCUUUGAUACUCGAAGAGAAGAAACCCGAGAUUGAGGAGCCAAAACCCGUAGCCACUGAAAUCACCGAGAGCAAAUUUGUCGCCAGAUCUGAACCAGCUCAAGAGCCAGCUGCUGCGGUUUUGCCUGCUUUGGCAAUUGCUGAUGCUGCUGCAGUCCCAGCAGAUGCUUCCUCCGAUGAGAAGAAAGAGGAACCCAAAGAAGCCAGUUUGGCGAGACACGUUGGAGAGCCAAUUGCUGAGGAAAAACCACUAGAAAAGUCUGCAACACCAUUGGCUGAGGAGAAGGAAGUCACGGCUGAAGAACCCAAGAAGGAGGAAGAGCAGCUUCCAGAAAAGGAGGAAUCCAAACGUGAAACUGUUACCGAAACCAAACAGGGAGCCAGAUCUGAAGAAGCCACUUCUGUCGAAUCAGCCGAACCUGUCAAGAUUGAGUCACCUAUUGGGAUUGAGGAAACCAAGGUCCAGGAAACAGUCAAUGCCGAACCCGCUCUCAAGUCUGCCCCAAUUGAAGCUGCCGUAGAGAAGAAGGAGAUCAAGCUUGAGGAAGCAGUUGUUGCCCCAGCACACAUUGAAUCCCAGGAGAAUGCGAAGGCACUCCCAGCUCCAGAAGUCAAAGCCGAGGAAAAGCUCAUGGAAAUUGCAAAGCCAGCAGAAGAGAAGGAAAUGAAGGCCGAGGCUCUCCCCAAACCCGAAGAAGUGAAAGAGGCAGCAACACCCGAAAGUUCGGAAGCAAGCCUGAGCAGCAGCAGUUCCAGCAGCAGCAGCAGUGAUUAGUCCACAAAAAGCUCCUCUUAAGCGGCUAACUUGUUUACAGAAAAUCGUAUUUCAUUCCGAUGUAUCUAAGUAAGAGAGUAAGUGUGAGAGUGAUAGAUGAGUGUUGAAUGCAAGCGAGAGAGAGAGAGAGAGAGAGAGAAUGUGCGUGUCCCGGAAAGAUAUUGGGAACUGAACUCCAGGAACCUUUGCAGUAAAUUCACUCAGGGGUUGAAUGAACAUUUACGGCAGUUUCAGACUGAGCCACUAGGCGGCGGAGCGUAUGAUUCGGUUCCCAAUAGAGGGCGAGAGUGUGACUAUCGAUAUAUCGAAAUAUAUCGAUCGCGAUCAAUUCCGUAAGUAACGUUUCUUCCUGACCGGGAUGGCCUCGGGUAGGAUAGAGGGAUCUUUCUUCAAUGAAGAAAUUUUCGGACUCGGGGCCAACGCUCCGUUCGCUGGGACGAAGCUCGUGCUACCCGGUUUUCAUUCCAAUUUUUUUCCUCUUCCUAAAAAUCUGCCCGAGAAAGCGGUUCUUCCAAAAUUUCUAGCGAGUAGAUACUUUAGUUCAUAGUUGAUGAUUACUAUUAUUACAGCUAUUAUAUUAUUCCAGUACCGCUAUUAUUGACAACACAAAAUUCGUGUACCGCUAUUAAUCUA